UGUUCUUCAGAGUCAGGAUGACAGACUGGCAGAAGAGCGAGUCGGGAACAAAGUCUGUGACUAAAAACGAUGGUUUAACUCUGCUUUUCGGAGUAUGACCGAGAGAUUUUAAAGCCACGGAACACGUUUAGGACCGCGGGGGGGUUCCGUUUUUAUUUAUUUAAAAAAUAUAUAUUUGAAACAAACUGUGGUUCGGAUUUACAGCGAGAUCGGUAUGUCCUAAUGUUAACAGCGCGAUAUAUUUGGUUUUUCCAAUGGCGUAUGGACCUUUUUUUUUAAGGCACAUCUUUUUACAUAUUUGGGGUCAAUGGGGGCCCACUGAUCGAAUCUAUAACCACAUCUAGUCUGUUAAAAAAACUGAAUUUAAACGGAAUAAAUACACUGAAUAAAUGUGAUAUAGGAGAAUAACACAUUUCCAAGAUUAUUUCCUGAACGUCUACGUGGUGUAAAAGAAAACGACAUAUUAUUUACUUCGGUGAAGCCCUACAGUGUGGACGGAUUCCAAGAUGACAGGCUCUACCCCCUCGGAAAUGAUUAACCUACGUCUCAUCCUGGUCAGUGGGAAGACGAAAGAGUUCCUGUUCUCCCCCAACGCCUCGGCCUCAGACAUCGCCAAACACGUUUACGACAACUGGCCAAUGGACUGGGAGGAGGAACAGGUCAGCAGUCCUAAUAUCCUGAGGCUCAUCUACCAGGGUCGUUUUCUACAUGGAAACGUCACACUCGGAGCUCUCAAAUUACCCUUGGGAAAAUCCACAGUGAUGCAUUUAGUUGCCAGAGAGACAUUGCCCGAGCCAAACUCCCAAGGUCAGAGAAACAGAGAGAAGACUGGAGAGAGUAACUGCUGUGUCAUCCUGUAAAUACCCUCCUCCCUCCCUCUUUAAUCAUCCACCCUGGAUCCAACCAACACACUGGAUGUCCUGUCCUGCAGUCUCUCUAUCAUGCUGACACACACACACACACACACACACACACACACACACACACACACACACACACACACACACACACACACACACACACACACACACACACACACACACACACACACACACACACACACACACACACACACACACACACACACACACACACACACACACACACACACACACACACACACACACACGGUCUCCUGUGUAUAGAGAAGUUUCCCCCUCUAUCACUUCUGUC